ACCCAUCCCGCUCCCUUCGUCCCGCAGUGGCACCACCAUGAAGCCGCGGCAGGUGGAGGUGUCGAUCCCGCUGCAGCCCCCCGGGGCCGGCGCCACCCCCGCCAGCGGCCCCGUUGAGCCUCCCCGGGACUACGUGCUCUGGUCGCUCUUUAACGUGCUCCUGGGCUUCGGGCUCACCUUCCUCGGCUGCUUCUGCUUCCCUGCGCUCGUCCACUCCAUCAAGGCCCGUGACUGCAAGGUGCUGGGGGACAUGGAGGGUGCCCGGCAGCACGGCACCCGUGCCAAGGUGCUGAACAUCAUCUGCUCCGUGCUGCUGGUCCUCACCCUCUUGGUCACCAUCAUCUUCAUCAUCUCCAUGGUGCUCGCCACCAUCUGAGCACACUGCGUGGCC